AUGCCCUCAUUUUUGCGACGCGUUUUGAGUUUCCGCAAGCCGAAAAAGGUCCUGACGCGAAAGGACUCGAUCACCGGACGAAAUCACACAUUUGACGUCCCAUAUUUGUCGCGUCUCGACGGCAAUCAACUCCAAACCGGGCAAUCUCUUAUCGUACGCGGUUAUAUCACAGGAAACGAGGGAUUCAUUGUGAAUUUGACGUCAGGCUCGAAUGUCGAACUCGACGAGGAUGGCAGCGGCGAGCUCGACAAUCGCCUUCUAGCGAUUCGAGUGGAUCUCGAGAAGAGGCGAGUGUUCAUGAAUGCCUGCAUCGAUGGACAAUGGGGAAAGGAAGCAUUCGUGAAGCAGGGCUAUAAAGAUGGCGACGAGUUCGACAUUCGAAUACGAUGCUUCGAGCAGCAUUUCGAGAUAUACGUCGAGCACAAAUUGAUUGCCCAUUUCAAGCAUUAUGUGCCAAUGUCGAACAUAUCGCACAUUUAUGUCAACGGCGAAGUCCGACUCUAUUCGGUCUCAUGGGAAGGCAAACUUUAUACGAUGCCCUAUAAUGCCGACAUUCCCGGCAAUUUCUACGUCGGCCGCAAAUUGUUCGUGUCGGGAAUCGUCGACAAAAAACCCAAAGAUUUCUCGAUCGACUUUUUCAGCGGCGACGAUAUCGCAUUCCAUUUCGCGCCUUCUUUCAUUCAAAAGAAGGUGAAUCGCAGCAGCACGGUGUCGUCAAAAGUCUCACGCGUUGAGACCACCCAUCAGGGACCAUCGAAAUUCCCGUUCAAAGCCAAACGCACGUUCGACCUAUUAGUUUACGCGGCCGACGACAAAUUCAUGGUGUUCAUCAACGACGCGCUAUUCUGCACGUUCGACCAUCGUCUCGCCGCCGACAAAAUCGAGCGCCUCUCGAUUCAGGGCGACAUUCAAUUAAUCGGUGUCCAUAUUAAGUAG